AUGUCGUUCACUUGGUCUCGGUCGCUCUCGCGCACCGCAUGGCGAUCAUACGGCACUGUCCAGGGCUCUCCCAGUGCCGCUUCCAUCGCCAGCCGGGUCCCCAGCGCCCUCGUCGAGGCAACCUCGGCCACGGCGCCGCGAACCAACUGGACACCCGAGGAGAUCAGUGCCAUCUAUCACACCCCAUUGAAUCAACUCACAUAUGCUGCGGCUGCCGUGCACCGACGCUUCCAUGAUCCCUCCGCCAUUCAAAUGUGUACCCUGAUGAACAUCAAGACUGGAGGCUGCAGUGAAGACUGCUCCUACUGCGCCCAAUCAUCUCGCUAUGAUACCGGUCUCAAGGCCACCAAGAUGAGCCCCGUCGAUGAGGUCCUAGAAAAGGCUCGGAUCGCCAAGGCCAACGGAAGUACUCGCUUCUGCAUGGGUGCCGCGUGGCGGGACAUGCGUGGCCGCAAGACCAGCCUCAAGAACGUCAAACAGAUGGUGUCGGGUAUCCGCGACAUGAACAUGGAGGUCUGCGUGACCCUCGGCAUGAUUGACGAGAACCAGGCCAAGGAGCUCAAGGAGGCCGGCUUGACAGCGUACAACCACAACCUCGACACCUCGCGCGAAUUCUAUCCCUCCAUCAUCACCACACGCUCCUACGACGAACGUCUCCGGACGCUGGACCAUGUCCGCGAUGCUGGGAUCAACGUCUGCUCGGGAGGUAUCCUAGGACUGGGCGAGUCCGACGCUGAUCGCGUUAGUCUGCUGCACACCGUGUCCAACCUGCCGUCGCACCCCGAAUCCUUCCCGGUCAACGCACUGGUCCCCAUCAAGGGCACCCCGCUCGGGGACCGAAAGAUGAUCCCCUUUGAUCGAGUACUUCGAACCAUCGCGACGGCUCGCGUGGUCAUGCCCGCCACCAUCGUCCGUCUGGCGGCGGGUCGUAUUGCCAUGUCCGAGGAGCAGCAAGUGGCCUGUUUCCAGGCGGGAGCGAAUGCAGUCUUUACCGGUGAAAAGAUGUUGACCACCGACUGCAAUGGCUGGGAUGAGGACCGGGUCAUGUUUGAAAAGUGGGGAUACUAUCCCAUGAAGAGCUUUGAGAAGCCCGAGCUGCGGGACAAUGCCUCGGUGUCUCCCCCACCCCCUUCCCCCUCAGUGUAA